CCUAUAUACUGCGAGAUGUUUGUCUUGAUGUUUUUUGAGGGGACAAUGAAAUCACUUUGUGUUCUUUUCAAACCGAAGUCUUCUUCUCCCGCCAAGAUAUCUUUCCCGACCAAUCUUCAAUCCUCACCGGACGAGUCACACUUCAUCUCUCUGAUUCACUCCUGCAAAGACACCGUAUCUCUCCGCCGCGUCUACGCUCAGAUCCUCCGCCGCAGCUUUCUCACCAGCCGCGUGGCUUCUCAGCUACUCUCUUGCUCUUCUCUUCUCAAGUCCCCGGAUUACACCCUCUCGAUCUUCAGAUACUCGAAAGAGAAGAAUCUGUUUACUUUCAACGCCUUGAUCCGUGGUUUGACGGAGAACGCACGUUUCGAAUGUUCAAUUCGUCAUUUCAUUCUCAUGCUAAGGCUUGGUGUCAGACCUGAUCGGCUAACUUUCCCGUUUGCUCUCAAGUCUAAUUCGAAAUUAGGGUUUAGGUGGUUAGGUAAGGCUCUUCACGCCGCGACGGUGAAGGAUUGCGUAGAUUGUGAUUCCUUUGUUAGAGUGUCUUUGGUUGAUAUGUACGCUAAGACAAAAGGGUUGAAGUAUGCGUACCAAGUGUUCGACGAAAGUCCUGAGAGAAUCAAAAAGGAGAGUGUUUUGCUGUGGAAUGUUUUGAUUAAUGGGUAUUGUCGAGCCAAGGAUUUGCAAACGGCUGAAACGCUAUUUGGGUCCAUGCCGGAGAGAAAUUCAGGAUCUUGGAGUACUUUGAUCAAGGGCUAUGUUGAUAUUGGCGAGCUGAACAGAGCAAAGCAGUGUUUUGAGUUGAUGCCGGAGAAGAAUGUGCUUUCUUGGACGACGUUGAUCAAUGGGUUUUCUCAGAAUGGUGAAUACGAGACUGCGAUUUCGAUUUAUUUUAAUAUGGUGGAGAAGGGUUGUAUGAAGCCUAAUGAGUACACAGUUGCUGCUGUGCUCUCUGCAUGUUCGAAGUCUGGUGCACUUGAAUCAGGGAUAAGAGUUCAUGGCUAUGUUUUGGACAAUGGGUUUAAAUUGGAUAGAGCUAUAGGGACAGCUCUGGUAGAUAUGUAUGCAAAAUGUGGGGAAGUUGACUGUGCGGCUAAUGUGUUCAGUAAUAUGGGGGUUAAGGAUAUUCUUUCGUGGACGGCUAUGAUACAAGGUUGGGCGAUUCAUGGACGGUUUCAACAGGCUAUCCUUUGUUUCAGAGAAAUGAUGUAUUCAGGGGAGAAGCCAGACGAGGUUGUGUUUCUUGCGGUUCUAACUGCAUGUUUGAACUCAGGAGAAGUAGACUUGGGAAUUAAUUUCUUCGACAGCAUGAGGCUUGACUAUAUGAUUGAGCCAACGCUGAAGCAUUAUGUGGUAGUCGUUGAUCUGUUAGGUAGAGCAGGGAAGUUGAACGAGGCGCAUGAGCUCAUAGAAAGUAUGCCGAUAAAUCCCGAUCUCACAACAUGGGCUGCACUCUAUCGUGCUUGCAAGGCGCACAACAGUAAUAGAAAGGGCGAAAUGGUGUCGCAAAAUCUUGUGGAGAUUGAUCCAGAGCUUCGGGGUAGUUAUAUUUUCUUAGACAAAAGGUAUGCAGCAACUAAAGGGAAGCACCGAGAUGUAGAGAAAAGAAGAAAGAUAGUCAAAGAAAGAGGCAAGGGAUGGAGUUACAUCGAAGUGGACGGUCAACUGAACAAAUUUGUAGCUGGUGAUAAUUCUCAUAAGCAAGCACAAGAGAUACGUUUGAAGCUUGAGGAGAUCGUAUCGCUUGCUGUUGAGAGUGGAUACAUUCCGGGAGGUGAUUGGUCGAUUCAUGACAUUGAAGAAGAAGAGAAGGAGAAUGUUACAGGAAUCCAUAGUGAAAAACUGGCUCUUGCACUUGGGCUUCUUAGAACUUCUCCUGGAACGGUGAUAAGGAUCGUUAAGAACCUUAGAAUCUGCGGAGAUUGCCAUUCUUUAAUGAAGUAUGUUAGUAAGAUCAGCCAAAGAGAUAUUCUACUGAGGGAUGCAAGACAGUUUCAUCAUUUCAAAGAAGGAAGUUGUUCAUGUGGUGAUUAUUGGUGAUAUAGUGGGUCAGUAAAGGUGCGCUCAGGUCUGCAAGAGAAUGAGUCAAAACCACAUGAAAGUGCUGGUUAUUCAUAACGCUUUAUAUUACAAAUCUUGUCCUGCUCUUGUAACACAAGGUUAAGCAAAGUCUGACAAAAACCCCUCCCACAUGCCUGGAUACUAAUGUCUUUGAGAUGGAAAAUCUCAAUGUUUUUGAUAUAUGUACAAUAUAAUAAGUUUCUUAAUGAGAUUAUGAUUAAGGAGAUGUUAAUACAUGUAGUUGUCAAAUGUAUUAUUGAAGAGAGAACGAAAUUUCAUUGCUUCUCUUUCUGUUAGCGUGAUGCCUAUGUUGUUGACUGUUUGCCUAGAGACCUGCCAACUCUAAAGUUGGGCCUCCUAAAACUGCUCUUACGGCGGAAGAGUUGAAGAUUAAAGCACGAGAACUAAGGUUCUAUUGAGUUUUCUGUUUUUCUGUCCGUGUUCAUUUUUUUCUUUAGAGCAGGCAUAACCUUGACUUUUCCUUCUUUCUUCAACAAGUAGCAUGGCACUGUUUAUGAUGAUCCUGGAAGAUGUUUAUUGUUGAAUCGGAAUAUGUUUCCCUCAAUCAUGGUUAUUCUUUUCUGUUAGAAUUAACUUUUGCUCUGUUUUGCUAGGUUCAUUGUCUGCAAAUGGGCAUGCAUAUUGAUUUGGCCUCUACUGGCUGUAAUUGCUGUGCAAGUAUCUAAGGCGAGCAUCUUGGUAGUAUAAUAAGAAUAUGCAUAUACAAUGUGUUAGAUAUGAUUGUGCUUACUGAUAUGCAUAUUCUUACAAUAUAUAUCAAUCCAUCACAGCAAGUAAUCUACUUUUGGUAAAACAGGAGAAAGGUUCAGGGACAUAAUCAACACAUUAAUUUGUUGGUCUCGGGGAAUCCUGUGUCUUGUAGAAGUGUUUCAAUUUAAAUUUAGGUGGGGAGGAUCAAGUAAAAUUGUAACUAAAACAGUAAUGACUUGUUGUUUGGUUCAGGAGGAUGAUGCUAAAGUGAAGAGAGCGUUCCAGACUCUGCAGACUUACAUGGGAAACGUCUCUAAGAAUCCAGAUGAAGAGAAAUUCCGGAAAAUUAGACUCACCAACCAAACAUUUCAGGACAGGGCUGGUUCAUUGAAAGGAGGCAUAGAGUUCGUGGAGCUAUGUGGGUUUGAGAAAAUGGAAGGAGAAGAUGUACUUGUUCUUACCAAGGUUCAUUGAGAGGAGCUAUGUGGGUUUGAGAAAAUGCAAGGAGAAUAUGUUCUUGUUCUAACCAAGGUACAAGGUAGAUUUAGCCAUUAUCAACUCCUGCUGGAACAGAGCUCAAUUCUGCCAUCUGCAACCCUUUCUUUGGAGCUCUUUAAAUCGCUGCAUUGGCGUCUUCUUCUUCUUUGCUAUUUUGUUGUUAUUGUGUCAAAUUAUAAAACUAUUGAUAUAAUGUAACUAGGCAAACUUGCGUUUUAUUAAAAAUAUGAAUUAGACGCACCA